AUGGGCCAACUACCUAAGAGUGUUAAGGUUCGAUCAACAUGCAACGCCUGCCAGCAGGCAAAAAUUCGUUGCAGCCAUGAGAAGCCCUCUUGUCGUCGAUGUCAGAAACACAAAAUAGAGUGUAUCUAUAGUGUUUCCCGACGGCUCGGGCGUCCAGCAAAGAAAAAAGAUCAGAAAGUCGCUUCGGAAACUCGAAGUCAAAGUCCCGUUCUCGAGAUUACUGAUCCUUCGGAAUGUGAGAAGAAACCGCGAAAACCCGCCAAGAAAAAGGGUCGUCAUGGCGCGAACCCAAAUUCGACUUCACGAGCUCGAUCGGGCCGGAAUGCUGAGAAGGCACCCGAUGAAGAUCGUCUACAGUCAACUCAGGCGGCUGAAGGCUCGGAUGAUCAAUCAGACAUCGAUUUAUCAUCUGAGAACUGGAUGCAAGAGCUGAUUUCAAGUCGCAUCAGUAGUACUUUGGACAACGCUGCAUCCGAGUAUCUCUAUGCUGAUAUUGACAUUGAGGCCUCGUUUGAUCCACUUCCGGACCUUUUGCCUCAUUGCGCUCCACCUGUGGUAUAUCAGCCAUCCGGUGUAUAUUCAUCAUCUCAACCCGCAGUUCCAAUCCUCUCGUCAGCUUGCAUGAACCUAGAGAGAGACUUCAACGCUUCUCGUCAUAAUUCUAGCCUUGGAGAUCUCGCUGACACGCCGGCAUUUAAAUACACCGGUCCUCAUUCAUGGAUUUACGAAGCGGGGCCUCUAGACUUUCAGUCAUUCCAAGACCCAUGGGCCUUUGAUAGCAUUCCAUCUACCGAUCUUCUGACAGAGCCAACGGAUCAUUGCUUCAGCUUCCACUCUCCUAGUGGCAGCCAUGACAGCGAGGCGUACUCGCCAGACAACCCGGACUUAUUUGCAGGAUCUGAGGGGUCAUCCGACCUGAGCUGUAGCUGCUACAAGCAUGUAAUGGGUCAGUUGGUCAAAUCGGGCCUUAGACCUGGUGCGAACGGUUGCUCGAACAUAGAUGGCCUGCUGGCUUGUCAAAAAGAGUUGGUAAUUCAGACAGAAGCCAUCAUGCAGUGCAAGGUGUGCUCUCAGUCUGAGAACCAAGCAAACAUGCUCAUGAUUGUUAUUGUUGCCAUUGAUAGUGUUCUCACCAUGCUCGAUACAGCAGUCACACCAUCCAGGGCUGGUUGUUAUGAUGAAACAAUCCAGUCGAGGGAGGCAGGACCGGGCAGGAAACAAAGGGAUGUCGGAGCUGGCUUCAAGUCACACAUGGAUGCAUGUCCUUUGCUCGUAGGAGGGUUCCCGGUUCCAGCCGAAGAAAAAGCCUACUUUAUCCGACAGGUGCUACAGGCUCGACUAGCGAUGCUCCUGUUGGCUGUUCGGAGGAUUCGUGUCUGUAUGCAGCAAGAUCUGACAGCAGCGCUUUCCCGGGGUCGGUUGUUGAUGAUAAUGGAGACGGAUCGACGGCUCCAGUUGGUGAUGAUGAAGAUCAAGAUAGCCGUUAAUUGA